UGCAGAACAACUUGACUUCGGAUCUCAUGUUUCUUUCCACAGACGCGCAAAAUCCAUGCUCCUAAUCUUGCCAUCGCCACCAGAGACGUGAGAUCACGCCAAGCUUUCUCAGCGCUUCCUAUUUGGCACAUCACCUAACAAUUGCCUAAUAAUGCCAUGGCAAGCUCUAAUUAUAGUGCCGGACUUCAUUUCGUCGUCAGCACACCAGUUCAGACCUUGGCCAAACGUGAUCGCAAAGCCAUCAGGAAGCAUGCGACAAAAGCACGUGUAGUACACCCUCGUAAGAAGGUCGUGCGACUAUGGUCUUGGAUAAAUCCUGCCCGUGAGCUUGGAUCUCGAAAUGCGGUUCUCACCGAUGACAACCCAACCCCGAAGUCUAUGUCAGUGCCCGUUCCUAGGCUAGUUGGCUCGUAUUUUUCUGGGCUGCAAUUACCUCCAGGCGUCGAGCCAUGUAUGAUUCAAGACUUGGUAAAAUUGAUUGUCCUCAACAAGAAUGUAGCAUAUCCGUAUGAGAUUUGUCUAGAUGUUCACCCGGUAGAGAGAGGCUGGUUUCCAUACAUGAUUAGCGACAUCUGUUGCCUCCACUCUAUGAUGUUCUCGCUUCGAGCUUUCAUGGAAAAAGAUUCAUGUGACCAACCAAGUCACUUUACCACCUUCCAUUACGCCAAAACCCUACAAAUUCUCCAAUCGCGACUUCACGACUUUGACAAGACAUCUGCGAUAUCUGACUCUACGAUCAUGGUGGUCAUAACGCUAGCAACCAUUGCAGAGAUCUCGAAAGACCUUGCAGGAGUGGAGACCCAUAUCAAAGGUUUGGAGAAGAUUGUCAAGCUCCGAGGUGGAGUACGAGCGUUAGACACGAACAAUAACAUGCAGGUCAAAGUAUGUAGGGCUGAUUUGGGUUAUGCGUUGCUGUUUGGACGUCAACCACUUCUCUUCAGAGAGGGACCUUCAUGGGACUGUUUCAUUGCAGAUUGUGGCCUGAUAAAGUGCAGUCAUGAGCCUCAUGAUGCUAUCAUCCUCGCCUUCGCCCAGACUACUCUCGACGAAAGAUUACACAAUGUUUUGAGAGAUGUUCAUGCUUUCUCUUGCAUUAGUAAUGUGGCCUACCAAACAACACGCAAGCUUUCGCCAGAAACCUACAACGAGAUGACCAUCUCUAUCCUUUACAGGCUCACCCACCUAUUUUUUGAAAGCGAUUUACUGCAGGAAGCGAUCCGACUCGGCUUGCUCGUCUUUUCUUCCACAAUCUUUUUACAGCGGCAUAUCAUCGAACAGCCGUAUGAGAAUCUAUUGAAUCUCUACGGUGACGCUUUGUUGGGACUAUUUGCGCAUGGGUCUUCGACCGACGCAUUACCUGUGCCUGUCAUCCUGUGGUUGACAAUACUGUCAGACAUGGUUGCUGGCAAGGAAAUUCCUUCGACCGACAGGCUUCACACAGUUAUUGGGCGUGCUAGCAUCGAAUCAUGGUCCCAAGCGUCCGAAGUACUCCGGUCGAUUGCCUGGGUUGACUUUAUUCAUGAAAAGCGCGGGAAAGAAGUUUUUGAAGCGUCUGUUUCUCAGCUACGAUGUCAACGUUGAAAAAGCUGUGCAAUAUGCUCGAAGUCGACAUCUUUCAGAGGCUGUGCUGUAUAGCAGUACUCGAUAUGUUGCCGCCUAUUUUGCAUCUCGAAUUGCCAUAUUAUUACGAACAAUUACUCGUCCCUAUGAGUUCAGGCUGAUUGCCGAACAAAUUUGGGUUAAAGGACAUGAUGUUAAGUUUGCGUCAAGAUAUUGUUCGAGUAUUUUCGAAUGUAUGUUGGAAGGAUGUUGGAGUUGUAUUUGGCUAUUAGCAAGAUUUGAUGCCUGCCUUCAUAAGAGUGCUGUUUUCUGCGAAUUCCCCUAAUUCUGUGCGUACGCUUCAAGCCUCGGCCUAUCAAGAAUAUUGAGAACAACGAAAAUGAAGUUCCAUCUUGCAUUUCUGGC